AUGGCUGAUCAAAGUAUCCAGCACCAAGUACAAGACAAUAAAAAUGAAACAGAAGGAGAACAAGACUAUGGCAUUUUAUUGUACUACAAGUACACCAAAAUUCCCAACCUUCAAAACCUCUCCGAUUUCUAUCACUCCAAUUGCAGCUCUCUCUCCCUCCUAGGCCGCGUCCGCCUUUCCUCUCACGGCGUUAAUGCUACAGUUGGUGGGAAAUUGAAGGCAUUGAAGAAGCACAUUGAGGCACUGGAGUCCAAUUCAUUGUUUGAAGGGACAGAUUUCAAGCUCGCAGCAUGCCAUGAGCCGUUGAAUGAUCAAGUUGCUAAGGAAUGUGGAUUUACUUCUCUCUCUAUCCGGAUUGUAAAGGAAUUGGUAUCUUUAAGUUCUCACCCACUUUUGAAGUCUCCAGACAUUUCAAAUGCUGGAACGCAUCUAAGUGCAGCUGAUUUCCACUCCGUGCUUCAGAAUGCUGGAAACUUUCAAGAAAAAGAGAGUUUUGGUUCUGAUAAAAAACUAGUACUGGUAGAUGCAAGGAAUUUGUACGAGACAAGAAUCGGAAAAUUCCACACUCCAAAUGUGGAAACAUUGGAUCCAGAAAUCAGGCAGUAUAGUGAUCUGCCCUCUUGGAUAGAUGGCAACUCUGAGCGAUUGCGAGGAAAUAAUAUCCUCAUGUACUGUACUGGAGGAAUUAGAUGUGAGAUGGCAUCAGCCUAUAUCAGGUCCAAAGGAGCAGGUUUUGAAAAUGUGUUUCAGUUAUUUGGUGGGAUACAGAGAUAUUUGGAACAAUUUCCAGAUGGUGGCUUUUUCAAAGGAAAGAAUUUUGUUUUUGACCAUCGGGUUUCAGUUGGGAGCUUAGAUACAGAUACAUUGGGAACUUGCCUUCUGUGUAGCACUUCAUUUGAUGAUUACUCUGCACGCAGCCGGUGCAGUUACUGUAGGAUGCUCGUGUUAAUCUGUGACAGUUGCCGAGAACAAGAAUCUUCGUAUGUUUGUGAACUGUGUCAGAAAAAUGGCAAGCUAGUUGCAUCUAUUUCCACAACUGAAGAUGGUAUGUCAGGAGACGUAUUAUCACCAGUAGCAAUCGAAGCUAAUCCUAACUUGGAUCAAAUCAGGCACUCACCUUCCAUGUCUUGCAGGAAUGACCAACAUGUUGCAAGUACUAAGCCAAUGAGAAAGCUGCGGAUUUUAUGCUUGCAUGGCUUCCGGCAGAAUGCUUCCAGUUUCAAAGGAAGAACAGCAUCAUUGGCAAAGAAACUCAAAAACAUUGCCGAGCUCGUUUUUGUUGAUGCACCGCAUGAAUUACCUUUCAUUUACCAACAUUCUCCGCCUGAUCAAAAUUGUGAAUCAGUUCGAUCAGAGGGAAGUCCACCUUUCAUUAAUUGCAACAGAAAGUUUGCUUGGCUGGUUGCAGCUGAUUAUAAUGGAAAGAGUGAUGCUGAAUGGAAGAUGGCAAAAGUUCCAUUUGACACUUUGCAAUAUCAGAAGCAAACUGAGGGCUUCGACCAAUCGCUUCAAUAUCUAAAGACUAUAUUUUUGCAAGCAGGGCCAUUUGAUGGGAUACUGGGAUUCUCACAAGGGGCUGCAAUGGCUGCUUUAGUUUGUGCAAAACAAGGGAAGCUAAAGGGUGAGAUUGACUUCAAAUUUGUGAUUUUAUGCUCUGGAUUUGCUGUUAAUAUGUCAGAGUACUCCGAGGGAUCAAUCGAUUGCCCCUCGCUUCAUAUUUUUGGCAACAACGAGGGUAAUGAUAGACAGAUAGAAAGCCUGGCCAGCAGACACCUCGCGUCCUUCUUUAAAUGUGGCUGCUCGGACCGCUCGGUGAUUAUUGAACACGACCUUGGUCAUAUAAUCCCCACACGAUCUCCACAUAUCGAUAAGAUGAAAGAUUUUCUUCGACAAUUUCUCCAGUUCAACUCUUGA